AUGGACUGCGUUGGAGGGUGCCUCCGGUUUGCCGCGUGGUACCUGGUGUUUGGGACGGCCCAUGAGCUGGGCCACGUUCUUGCGGGCCUGGCAGUGGGCUGCUGGCCGACGGCCAGCUGGAGCAACCUUGUGGAGCUCCUGCUGUUCAGGCGCGUGCAUGUGAAGACGUCCCAGGCAUGGCAGGAGGCCGUAGUUGGACAUGCGGGCUGGCUGACGUCCUUGCUCAUUGCAGUCGCUGCGUGCGCCACCAGCCACGACUAUGCGCUUCUGAGCACAGCCCUCAUCACAGCAGCCGAGGCAUGUGUUUCAGAUGUGUGUCAGGCCUACGAUAGGCAUGUGGAGUUUGGCGGCCACUGGUUUAGAUGUGGCAACUUCGGGCUGGUCCUCCUCAAUAGUGCUUGGGCAGCUGCACCGGAGCCCAUGAAGGACAUCUUAGAGAAGAUGGCCGAGGUGACCAUGGUACGUGGGGCCCAGAGUGGCGGCGUGCUGAGCUAUGUCAUCGCCAGAAAGUCCGGUUCAGUCAGGGAUGGUAGCUCGGACCUCGCGGGUCUCCGCGCGCGGGUCGUGAACCAAAAGCGCACGUGCCUUUCAGAACUCCUGCGGCGGAAGCUCGAUCGUGCCGAGUGGUGGGCGUGGCUGUGCCGUCGGAAAUUCUUCGGAGCAGGGCGCGUCUACGUUGGCCACACGCGCUUCGCAACCAGCUCUCAGUCCACGUUAGAUGGUGCCCAUCCGCACCAGUGGUCGCCAUCACAGAGGUAUGACAUCUACACUGGCUUUGCGGAGAACAAGCUCUGCAUGGCGGGCAAGAAGAAUGUGGAGAUUUUCGUGACGCACAACGGGGACUUUGACUUCUUUGAGUUCGCAGGCCAGAUGCAGGAGCUGGGUAAAGUGCAGGCUUGGCUGGAGCGGGCGACGUGGCAGCCGAGGCCCUCCGAGGUCGACUCGGCAGCCAUUGCCGGCGUCAUGGAGCUGCUGCGUGUGCAGGGCUGCUUCGCGCUCAGCGCACGCUACGGCUUCCUCUUUGGGCCGCGCUGGAACGACUUCGACUUCAAGGUGCCAAGCCGCAAGUUCUUCGAGCAAGUUGGGGCAGUUAUGGAUGCGGUGCUGCAGAGGUACUUGAAGCAGGGCCUACAGCUGGACCAGCUCAAGAUGCAGCGCGGCAACCUUUACGCAGACUGCAGGACGAGCCUGGAAGGAUCCGGUCUCCGGCUUCCCUUGCGAGGCCGGGAUAUGGAGCAGAUGGUGCGCUGCGCUGUGGAUGCCUUCUUCGACAACGACCUCCUGCAGGCCACACGGCUCUUCAUGGCUUGGGCCCGGGGCUCCUUCGGCCUGUGCAUCACCUGCUCCCUCGACGCGCAUCGCCAGAUGAUCCUGGCCACAGGUGGCCAGUCCAUGUCUGUGGCUUUCUAUCCCCGCUCAGGGGUGGUGCUCUACGCCUCGGAGCAGGCCGCAGUGAAGGCGGCCGUCGGGGUGCGCGCCCCGGCGGCCGUGCCCACGAGUGACCCGGCAAGUGCCGACCUCGAGGCUCCUGUGGCCCGUGAGAGGUGGGCUCAGAGCCGUGUGAGGUCUUUGCUGAACGACGGUCCAGCUGUGCGGCUUGAUCUGGAUGACCUUGGGGGCGAGAUCUGCUUAUUGGACUGGGGUCAUGGCUUGCCCUCGGCGACUGUGAGCGAGACCUUCCCUCCACAGCCGGUGAUGAACCACAGUAUGACGGUCACGCUGGUGCAGGACUGCUUCUCGCAGAAAAGCCUGCCCUGCCGCCUUGUGCCGAUCGAGGACAACCCCUUGGUGCAGCCGCUGCCCAUGAGCCAGCAGGACCCCGUGGGCGCAGACAUCCACGACAUCCCAGAGGCUGUGGCAAACAUCCAGGCCCACUUUUGGGCAGAGGGCCGGCCCACCCGGGCCACAGCUCGGGCGCUCAGCGAGGUGCUGCAGAACCGUCUUCAGAGCAAGCAAGCGGGAGAGCUGGCGGCUGGGUCUGUGGACCUGCUGGUGACUGGCUGCGAGGUGAGUUUGUGGGCGGGCGAGCAAUUUGCCGCAGACCUGAGGACCUGCUUUCCCAAGCUGGUCGUGAAGUCGGCUUCUGCGAAUAAGAUCCUAGGGCUGCUUGGCCAGCAAUUUCCGAUGCCUCAGACGGGCCACGAGAUCGGCGAGGGUUGGGAUUUGCAGGACUCGAUCGUCUUGAUCGUGAGCCACAGUGGCGGUACCUUUGCCCCACUCGCCUUGUCCAACCUGUUGCAGUCCGUGACCCCCAACAUCUUUGCUGUCACCUCCGAGUGGGACACGCAGAUCGGUAAGCAGCUGCGUCAACUUCACGUCCCCUCGGGCCGCGUUUUCAGCACAGAGACCGGGCCACGCCCAGCCGAGCCCUGCUCUCUAUCUGUGGCGGCCACACACCAGAUGCUCACGCAGAUCUUGAUCUACAUCGCCAGCAAGAUUGUGUCAAACAGGAAGCUGAGCAUCGCCGCCGGAAGCAGGAUCAAGAGCAUGGACCUUGCUGAGCUGGAGAAGAACAACCGCUUGAACAUCCAAGCACUCAAGUCCAUCGCCGGGGGCCCGGAGCACAAAAUCGCCAGGGAGCUGCGCUCACUUGGGAGACAUUGGGCUCAGCAUGUGCUGGAGGUUCCGCGGGCCUGGAUGUUGGCAGCUCUUUACAUAUUCAUCACGGUGGUGUACGGCAGCGCGCCGGUGACCUCUUGUGCCGAAGCUGGCGUGCGUGGCACGAAGCUGGAGAAGGAGAUGAUCUAUUUGGCAAAGCUCCUCGAUGCCACGAUCUAUGUGUUUUUGCCUCAGAUCAUGAUCCUGCUCAUCCGGCUGCUACAGCAACGGCCCCUGCUGCAUCGUAUGACGACACGCACUGUGGUGAUCGGUGAUAUACCUUGGGUGGCGCAAUCUGCAGAGUCCUUCCUCUCCAAGCUCAUGGCCUGCACCUACAGCGCUACGGGCCUCACAGUCUUCUCGGCGAACCCGGCUGACCACUUGGUGCACCGCAUGACUCAUCGGGUGGUGCGUGGAACUCUCCUGGCCUGCGGGCGACCCGACGGGCGUCUUACGGCCCUGAGCAGCGCGGAGCAGUCAGUUUGCAUGGCCGUGAACCAGGCCAGCUCCAUCCAGUCCCUUGGAGCCACCUGCGAGAGUGUCACCAUCGGCCACAAUCCGCACCGCUUACCUCUCACUGCUGACGCUGUGUUCUUGAAGGAUGCGCGCCCUCCCUACCUUUGUGAGCAUCUCCUCUCGCGCCACAGCACGAAACCCGAAGGUAGUUCCGCCGUCUCCAUCCUCGGAGCUUUCCAGAACUUGGCAUCGGAGGAUGAUCAGGAGAUGGCGGACGUGCAGCACCGGUUGGACCAUCGCCGAGAAAGGAUGAUACAGCAGGCCAUGGACAAGCAGAGCCAAGUCGAGGUGGAGGAGAAGGUGCAGGCUGUGGUGGACUGCUUGGAGGUUGACGAGGACGGCUUCGUCAAGUUCGAAGAUUGCUGGAAGGGUGUCCAGCUACUACGCCAGGACGUGUGCAAGAAGUCGAUCAGGACCAUCUUCCAGCGUUUGGAAUCCGGCUACGCUUAUCUUCAGCUUGCGUCGAUCCAGCAUGCGGUCGCUGCAGAUCUUUGA